GUUUUAAUGGCUGAUCAAAACCCAUUGGAUAUAUUCCAGUUUGAUGAGAAUGACCAUGGCUCUUCGGAAGCGAAUCCACUAGCAGAGGUAGAUCCUCAACCUGUUCAGGAGGGAAGUGCAAGCAAUGAAAAGGCCAUUGAUCCCCUUUCUUUGUUCGAGGCAGAUCAGGAUCAACUCCAAGAAGAGUCCAAAGCUAAUGAGAAGAUAACUAAGCAGCAUUCGCAUCAAGAUGAUCCCCUUUACGAUCUUUUUGGCACAGAUGAUCUCAUCCCUGAUGGUAAAGAAGAAGAGCUUGCCGAUUCUUCUCCUUCAGAGAAAACACCAGCUCAGAAUGUGAGUGGCGGGUUUAAUCUUGAAGAUUUGGUUGAAGAAAAUCGAAAUGACAAGCCAGAAAAAGUGCUGGAGCCUCCUCAAGAUAAGCCUGAGCAUAAGAAAUCUAUUGAGGAGGAGUUAAUCUCUCAAGCAUUAUCUCAACCUCCUGCCAAACCGGAGCAUCACGAAAGUCCGAUAGAUCCAGAAUUUCAAGAGGAAGAAAUAGCUCCAGGAAUUGGAGAUGAGGCCCCUCCUGAUACAAAUUUUAAUCUUCCAAAAUCUGUUGAGACAAAGACUUUUCCAGCAAAGACCUCUCUAGCAGAGACUGUGAAGCUGGAUGCCUCUCGUGCACAACUUGCUGAGUCAAGAGUGACUGGAGCCGGAGAAGCAGGAAUUAUUGCUGAUAGCAUCCAAGAAGCGACAUCAGAUGAUGAAGACAUUCAAGAAUGGGAGGGUUAUAGAGGCUUGGCUCAAUCCACUGUCUCAAAUUCAGAGUUCCUUGGCCGAUCUACUGGCAGUGUGGUUGCCUCAAACCCUCAUAUUGAGAUGUUCAUUGAAGAUCCCACCACAUAUUUGUGAAAAUUAGUGAAGAAAGGAUGAAAUCCUGAUACUUUUGAGAUUUUGGAGCAAAUUCUAUCUCAAUUAGAAGCAGGCUUUGAAUUAAAUGUUCCUGAAAAUCCUCUUUCAACACUAAAGCAUAAAGAGAUUGUCCAGAUCUUGGUCUAUAUGGUCUAUGUGUACCUUAAUAUUGUCGAUAAAUUGCAGAAGAGAGAUCCGAAGGACAAACAACAAAGCGCAAGAGAUUCGACAAUUUUGCAUAAAUUUCAUGAGUUCCAGCCUAUUCUGGAGUCGAUUGGAGAGGAGCACAUAUUUGCGGUGGAUUAUUUCGACGUCCUCAUUUCUGAGUCAAAAGAAAAACUACAUGUCAUGAGAAGAUAUCUACUAGAUGAACAUGCAAAAACAGCUUCAGGAGGUACCUCUGUCCCUUCGAGAACCCAAUCUGAAGAGUUUGAGAAGAUUUUGUCCAAGAUUAAGUACUUCUGGCCUUUUGGGCCUACGAUUGAAGCCCAGCUAAAGGUUGUCCAUUUCGAACUGAAUAGGCUUUACUUAAAGAGCAAAGAUUUCAGAUCCGGUUAUAACAUUUUGAAGAAAUUGAUCGAGAUCCUUCCAAACGACAUCGAUGUGGUCUCAAGAUUUGCUAAAUAUUGUCAUUUCAUUGGGAGGAACAAGGAAAGCAGGAAGUACUACCAGAAACUAGCAGAGCUUAAAUCCUAACUGGGCAAAAUGAGGGAC